AAAAAAUCAAUAAAAUUCCUGGCAAGUGUGGAAUGUUUUUCAGUUUUUGUUUUUAUACCUGAUGCUGUAUUUUCUAGGAAAGGUGAUAUUUUUAGGAGGGGAUAGUAAUGAUAUUAGGAUUGACUGGCCAUUUUAUCGGUCAGUUUACAGCUGGAGUUGUUGGAGGAUACUCUAGAAAAAUUAACAGGUCACCUCGAGGAAAAUCAUGGCAAAAUCAGUCAAUGAUGUCCAAACCGUGGAGACCGAUGUGGAAACAGCAGUUGCAUUCACAGGCUUUGGAAAGUUCAACAUCAAAGUUUUGAUUCUGUGUGGAUUAAUUUAUAUGAAUACAGGAUUCAGUAUAAGCAGUGUGGGAUUUAUUCUUCCUUCAGCUGCUUGUGAUUUUCAGCUCACGACAAUUGAUAAAGGCCGGAUAUCAGCUACACCCACUCUAGGAAUGCUUUUGGGUGCAUAUUUUUGGGGUUGCCUAGCUGAUCUAGCAGGAAGGAGAAAGGCCCUCAUGACAUCAACUUUCUGCUACGCAUUAUGCGAAAUCCUCUCAUCUGUAGCCUCGAAUUACUCGGCAUUUCUCCUCCUCAAAUUUCUCAGCGGUUUUUCAAUAACAGGCCUCAGCACUGUGGUAUUUACUUACCUGGGUGAAUUCCAAUCCGGAAAAAUGAGGGAGAGAAUGCUGUGCUGGAUGGAGAUGGCUUGGUCUCUUGGUCUGAUAGCUCUUCCCCUGACUGGCUGGGCAAUCAUACCUCUGCCCAUAUCGUUUGUCAAUGACAUAUUCUUCUUUCGCUCUUGGAAUCUUUUCGUAAUAAUCUGCGCGCUGCCAUCAGUAUUUAUUGGAUUUUGGAUUCUGUCGUUUCCGGAGAGCCCUAAAUAUCUUGCUGAGACUGGAGACACGCGUGCUCUCGCCAAAACACUUUGUAUCAUGCACCAGGAAAAUACUGGACUGCCUUUUGACGAUUAUCUGGAGACAUUGUCGAACAACGGAUACGAAAGUCUCAGCGAGAAGCUUGGCAGCUGUAAAGUAGAUGGAGAAAAAUUUUCAAAUCCUCAAAAAUCGCAAAAGGAUAGGAUCCACAAGUCAUUAAAAAAUAUCUAUCAACAAACCCUAGCGCUGGUGAGACCCCCGCUGCUUCAAAAAACGGCAAAUGUUUGCAGUAUUAUGUUCUGCUUGGGAUCUUCAUAUUACGCCCUGAUGCUAUGGUUUCCAGAGCUCUUUCAGAGAUUCGCAAGGUUUGAAGCAGAAUUUCCUGGAGAAUCUGCCAGUGUCUGCAGGGUUUCCCAGGAAAAAAUCUCAGAAGAUUCAGUGAGCACUAACUGUCCAUCAACAGUUCCAAGAGAUGUUUACGUUCACACAUUGAUCCUUGGGUUUGCCUGUGUGCCUCUCAGUCUCAUGCUGCCCCUCUGCGUUAAUCAAUUGGGAUAUAAAUUUUAUCUAGUGGUUUCGACACUCGUUGCAUCAAGUGUAACUGUUGGAUUGCUAUUUGUAACUUCCUCCAUUCAAAAUCUUAUACUCUCCUGUAUCUUUGAGGCUGCCUCCUCCAUUGGUAUGAGCAUUGUAUUGGCUGUUGUUGUAGAUUUGUUCCCAACUAAUUUACGAGCUUUUGCAGCUGCUGGUUGUUCUUUCUGUGGAAGAUUUGGUGCUUUAGUGGGUAAUUACAUGUUUGGAUAUAUCAUUGAUACGCACUGCCUGAUGCUCAUUACUAUCGUAGCUAGCAAAUUAUUGAUAUGUGGAGUUCUUGGAUACUUGCUCCCUGUUGGGAGAAAAUCCAAACAAACGGUUGUGUCUCCCGAGCAAAUACCUGAAUAAAGAAUUUUUCAUUUGUUAA